AUGGCAGCUGUUAGGUGUCUUCGCCGCUGUAGGUGGGUGGAGCCACUGCCCGUCCCUCAAAACGCCAGCUACGUAAGUUUUGGUGGUUUUUCCUAAUAAAGCUCAACAAUUGUUGCAGCUCCCCUAAAAAAAAAGCUCAUGUUGUACUCACAGUGGCCAAUCAUAUGCUUAUAGGAAGCCCACAAACAUGUUUUCCAAUACUGACAAUGGUCUAGUGUUGUCCACCAAUGAGGUCAGCAGAGGGCACUGGAGAGGCCACCCCUGAUGCCUUGCCAGCACCUGCUGCUUGAGGCAGUUGCUCCACUCUGCCUAAUGAUAGGGGGGCAAAUUCUAUGCAGAGGGGCCAAAUUCUGCCUGGAGAAAGCACCAGCGCAUCCCACCCAGUUGCAACAUGUUUUCUGGCAACUCCGAAGCAAAAGGCGUUUUUUUACAGGGGACUCUUCCAAGGAUUGCUAUUUCUUUAUUAAGGCAGUCGCGUUGGGCCAAAGUUUCCUGCAUUUGCAGGGGGUUGGACUAGAUGACCCUCGUGCCCCCUUCCAACUUUACAGUUUUAUGAUUAUAAUACUUGGGAGCGGCAGCAACAACGUCCUGAUUUGAAAACAAAGGCACAGCUCGCUUUUUAUCGCUGCACGCGCGUAUUUAUUUCACUAAAACAAAAGCGGGCGGCUUAUGAACUCCUCCCUCGCGGCUUCUCCUACCUAUACCGUUAGCAGGGCGGGACUCUCUCAAAGGGAGCCCUACAGCCCGAUCCCCUGCGUGCGUCGCCUUUCCUCGGAAAUAAACCCGAUUUAAGUCCAACGGGACUCCUUCUCUCUAGCCUUAAGGAAAGAACUCCGCCCUGAUUUUGAAAAGGCGGAGGAAGCGAAGACUUUUGGCCGGGUCGGGGCACCGUAGCCGCGACGCGAAGCUGCAGCGCGCUGAUUGGCGGAGCCAGCAGCCCAUCAUCUUUUACGUUCGGGAAAAACCGUCCGAGCUAGUUAAGUAACGCGAAGAAGCGCGGGUGAGUGACUGAGGGCGGGCAAGCGUGGAACUCCAGGGCAGCGGCGGCGCGAGGGGUGGCGGUUGGGGGGGGGGGGGCGAGAGGCCGCGCGCGCGCUGCUGUGGCGGAACAUUCUAGGCCGCGGCCUCCCUCAGGGCCUGCGCGGCGGGGCCGCUCCCUUCGCAAGCCGCGGCCGUCGAGGGGGUCGCUUUCUCCUUUAGCGCCUCGCAGCUGCCCUGUUAACGAGGGGGCCCUGGACGCUGGUUUCCUAGACCCCGCCGGCUUGGGAGUCAAGUGACACCCCCCUCCAAUAAAAGCGGGAGACUGCGGCCCUGGCCGUCGCAUUGUGUGGGCUUCGGCUCCGCAGCCCUUCCCCUUGCUGGGUGCCUGCGAUACACUGCCGAGCAGCCUCCCUGGCUUCGGCGUGCGCUCCUUAACGGUUUACGACCCCACAGAAGGACUGGCAGCGGAGAGGGUUUGAAUUGUGAAUUAUUAAUUCAUCUGCUGCAGUUCUGCAUUACACCUUCUCCCUCCCCAAGUUCACGUUAUCCUCACAACAAACCUGCGAGGCAGGUGGGGCUGGCCCGGUGUUACCCGGCGGUUCUUUAAUAGUUGGGCAGUAAUUUGAACCUGACACACCCACCCACUUCCUAUACGUCCCUUUGAUCACUACUGUACAGCACACGGGAACACAGCUACUGUCACAGUGGCCUUUGCAGGAGCACACGCGGGUAAUAACAAAAUAACUGCCAAGUGCAAACUUCUUACAUCAGUGUAGAAUAGGAAUACACUUGAAAGCGACAUUUAUUUUUUUAAUCCUGCCCUUCACAAGGAUUGCAUAUGCCAAAUACAGUGGUGCCUCGCAAGACGAAAAACUCGCAAGACGAAAGAGUUUUUUCGUUUUUUUGAGUUGCUUCGCAAGACGAAUUUCCCUAUGGGCUUGCUUCACAAGACGAAAAACGAAAACGUCUUGCAAGUUUGUUUCCUUUUUCUUAAAACCGUUAAUACCCAGGGUGACUUCGAGGAGCAACUCAUAGCACGCGGUGUGGUAGCCUUUUUUGAGGUUUUUGAAGACUUUGGGAAACCGUGCUUCGCAAGACGAAAAAUUCGCAAGACGAAAAAACUCGCAGAACGAAUUAAUUUCGUCUUGCGAGGCACCACUGUAACUCGGAUGGCGAUAGGUCAAGGAGCCUAGGUCUCUGUUAGGUUCUUUCAGGAAACGUUUACUGGAAAGCUUCCUCUGGUGCUGUUCUAUGUAUGCACCCACAAGAUACCUUGAUUUUAUUAAAUUUAUUACCCACCCUUCACCAGCAGGACUCCAGGAGGAGACCCAGAAAAUAGUUAUGGGAGUGCUAAAUGUUAAGUUGCAAGGCUUCUUGACUCAUUUUCCUUAAGCAGCUCUUCCAGUCUCUGCUUGUGAAUUUUAUAAUCCAAAUGUCUGAUUGGUCUAUGCCCAACAUUUUGAUGGAAAAUUGUGGACACUUAAGAAUGCCCUAUUUUUUCCUGGGGUACAUAUACACUGUACAUCAUGUGUCCAAGGUUGCCAGGGCUGGUGCAGAGAAGCAUAGUAUAAUGAUACUACCUCUAGCUGUCUUGGAAAUAAUUGGGUCAUCUGGAGCUUUUAUGAAUGAAUGGGCCUGACCUGUGUUUGUUUGCAUGCAGAAACCUUGUGCAUCCUGUCCACUUGCAGGUUUUCAUUUCUAGGUUAUCUGUGACUGUCAUCAUCUUGUUUCUGGUGAAUGAUGGUGAAAAUAGAAAAGGAAAAUAAGAAUAGUUAAAACACUUCUUAAAAAUCCAGAACACCAUAUUAGAGGCAAUAAAUAAAGAAAAUAUUUUGAUGAAUCCUUUGCUGAUGUUCUUGGGCAGGAGCCCUAAUCUGUUACAGCAUAAAUCCCAGUUAGGUCAGUUGUGUUGUGUAGGCUUCUAGUAUGUUACAUCUGGGCUGCUAUGGAUAUUGUGAAAUGGGCAUUAGUUGAUUUUAUUUAGCAAAAAGUGCAGAGUUCAGGAUAUUCAAAAGAAAAGCAGAUUUAGAGACUUUAAAUAGAUCAUAUUUAUUGUGAUAUUUGAGGAAAUGCUGCCAACACCAACUUGUUCUUCUAGGAAACAUGUAUCCAGUUGCAAAAACAAUAAUUUACUAAAUGGAUCUGAAGUUUUAGAUGGUUAUUUACACGUUUAACAAAUUAGGCUUGUUAUACGAUUAUAUCAAUGUACCUUUGGAGUGAUUUCACUCAUCAGUAUGUUACUGCCUUCAAAUAAUGAAAGUUCUGAAUUAGCUGUACAUGAGAUGAGAGUGCCUGUGCUUAUGCUUCCUCAGUUAGCUAUUUAUUUAUAAAUCCAUAGUCACCAUGUUAAAAAAAGAAUCUGAAUUCCACAAUACUGUGAAGUUCUUUUGUAGAAAAACUACAGAGACAGAAUAAAGGCAUGCCAGAGUACUUUGAAUGUUUUCAAAUGGUGGUGUGUUGUGAACAGAUGUGUUAGAUAAGCUUCUUAUUAAGAAUAUCAAACCGUAUGUAGUUGAGAGUAGUUUCAUGCAAUGGCUGUAGAACUGCAGUUUCAAAAGCCUCGCUUCAAAUUUUUUUUUGCUUUAUCCUCUUGUUUGAUAUUUAUUUCCCAAAUGAUCACUUUACAGAGCCAGCAUCCUACCUCUGUUUGUUGAGCAUUUGUUUGUGCUGUUUUGAGUUCUGCAUUUCAACCGUUUUCCUAUUUCUGUUUCCUUUAGCCUCCCAGAUCUGUCAAAAUGAGUUUACGGAAACAAACUCCAAGUGAUUUCUUGAAACAAAUCAUUGGAAGACCAGUUGUUGUAAAGUUGAAUUCUGGAGUUGAUUAUCGAGGUAAGUUCUGUCAGUCUUGUGCGCCAGUCAUCAUGAUAUAUUUAUGUGAUCUUUGAGUUGGGAAGAAAGGAACCAAUAUAAUUUGGAUUAUGAUCCUGGCCUGUUCUUGGAGAGUUCUUCACAGUCAGGCUCAGGCAUUAUGGGUUAUAUAUACAAAGGUAGGAGUAGUGAGAUUAAUUUAGUCCCCACAUCUGGAAUCUUUUUAUCAUCCUAGCCAGACUUUUUGGAUUGAGAAUUUGCUGUUUUGAACAGUAAGCCUGGCAACCCUAGCUGAUUUACUUAAAUUCUAAGCCUACUUGGUGUUCCAAAUGAGGAUGAGGCUGUGAUGACAUUUCUAAGCAAUACUAGACCAUCUUUCUAAGAUGUUGAGUGUAAAUUAAAUGUUUAAAUUUCCCAAGAACUCACUUCAUUUAAAAGGAUUCUAUAGCUAAGAAGAAAGCUGAUGGGGAGCUUUGAGACUGUACAUCUUUUCAGGAGUGAGGUUUUCAUUGUACCACUACCAUACUAGAGGUGAUUCUAGGAAAGAGACCAUUUAAUGCUUGACAAACACAAGAUGAAAGCUACAAGUUUGUAGGGUUUCCUACUUUUUUACAUUGAGAGAGAAAAUACAGUUCUACUUAUAGAGUUUACUUUAAAGUAUUCACAAAUAUUUUUUGCCACAUUUCCAAUAACAUCCUUUUAGAAUAAAAAAUAAUAAUUUAUUAUUUGUACCCUCCCAUCUGGCUGGGUUCCCCCAGCCACUCUGGGCAGCCUCCAACAAAGAUUAAAAACACAUUAAAAUGUCACACAUUAAAAACUUCCCUUGAUAAAUAUGAUCCGAAACCUUGGUCUGCUUUUCUGAUUUCCUUGAGAUAUGUCUAGCUUUCUAAUACCUAGCCGAGGUUACCUUUUGCAGCUGGGACUUUUGUUUUAAGAGUAUGUAGACAGUGGAACAGAUUCUCCUGAGAGGUAGUGGGCUCUCCUUCCUUGGAUGUUUUUAAUCAGAGCUUGGAUGGCCAUCUGUCAAGUAUGAUCUAGUUGAGAUUCCUGCAUUGCAGUGGGUUGGACUAAAUGACCCUUGGGGUUCCUUCCAACACUAUAAUUCUAUAUUUCUAUGAUCUCAACUUCAGUAUCUGAAUUUUCAUCAUAUUAACUUGAAAGUAAGACCCUUUAAAAUCAUUAGGACUUACUUGAAACUGGUUGAAACCUUGGUUUAAGAAUACAGUCAUACCUUGGCUGUUGAACGCCUUGGUACUCUGGACUUUUUGGCUCCCGAACGCCGCAAACUUGGAAGUGAGUGUUCCGAUUUGCGAAUGUUUCUCGGAAGCCAAACUUCCAAUGCGGUUUCCGAUUGAGUGCAGGAAGCUCCUGCCGCCAAUCAGAAGCUGCGUCUUGGUUUUCGAACCGUUUCGGGAGUUGAAUGGACUCCCAGAACGGAUUAAGUUCAACAACCAAGGUACGAUUGUAACUGAAGUAUGUUGGCAGGACAUUAUUUUUAAAAUAUUUCAUACAACAUUAUUUUUUAAAACCCCACAAAAUCAUUACAUAUUUUAGAAUAAACUCGUAGCAUUUCCCCCCUCAAGCCUUCCUCUGAAUCUGAAUCUUGUUUGCACUCUCAGGUAAUAUUAAAUAGCUCUCUUUAAUACUAAAGGUAAAGGUAAAGGUAUCCCUGAUAGUUAAGACCAGUCGCGAAUGAUUCUGGGGUUGCGGUGCUCAUCUUGCUUUACUAGCUGAGGGAGCCGACGUUUGUCCGCAGACAGUUUUUCCAGGUCAUGUGGCCAGCAUGACUAAGCCACUUCUGGAGAAGCCAGAGCAGUGCACAGAAAUGGCAUUUACCUACCUGCCGGAGCGGUACCUAUUUAUCUACUUGCACUGUGUGCUUUCAAACUGCUAGGUUGGCAGGAGCUGGGACCGAACAAUGAGCUUACCCCAUCGUGGGGCCUCGAACCACCGACCUUCUGAUUGGCAAAUCCAAGCAGCGUAGUGGCUUAAACCACAGCACCACCCGCAUCCCAUUUUUAAUACUACACACUUUUAAAACAAAAGUUGCCUCUUAGAUUAUUAUCUUUUUAGAUAACUUGAUAAUUUAGAUUAACUUUUCCCACAUUGUAUACCUAAAAUGUUGUUAUAGCUGUAGUAUUCCAGUUUUCAGUGAAUAACAUACAUUUGGACUUGUGUACAUGGCUGCUUCCUUCUAUUAUUCGGAUUUAUUUGGUUUCUAUACCACCCUUCAUCCAAAGAUCACAGGGUGGUUUGCAAUAUGAAAACAUAAAAUACAUGCCAUACCAUACGAGUUAAACUUGAUGUGCCUAUGUCCAUUCAAAUUCAUGACAACUUACUGCAGAAUGUUAAGAUACAGUAGUCUUAAGAUAAUCCAUAAAUGGAAGGAUAACCUUUCCAGGCUCCAGAGAAGAAACUGUUGAUCUUGUGGCAAAGGGUUCUGCUACAGUGAUACUACAUUUCAUAUGCUAAAUUACAGAUAGUGACUUACAGUGCAAUCCUAACAACAUCUACUUGGAAUCAAGUCUUAUUGAAGUCAAUGGGGCUUACUCCUAGGAAAUAGGGUAAGGAUUGCAGUCUUAAUCAGUUUCUAGGAAGACGUGGCAAUUCUUUUUACCAUAACAACCUAUAGCUCUACACUUCUGCUUGUCUAGUCUUUUUUUGCAAUAAUGUACUGUACUUGUACUGAAUUUUUAAUACAGCAUUUGAUUUAAAAAUGUAGCUCUGAAGUCUAAGCAGUUCUGUGGGUCUCAUUGAUUUUAGGUGUUCUGGCUUGCUUGGAUGGGUACAUGAAUAUAGCUCUGGAGCAGACAGAGGAGUAUGUAAAUGGACAACUAAAGAAUAAAUAUGGGGAUGCUUUCAUCAGAGGAAACAAUGGUAAGUAUGCUUAACUAGAAGAUACUGGGUUUUAGUGUAUUUAUCCAAAUUGUUUUGAGGGAAGAUUUUUUUUUUGAAAAAUUAGGUAAUGGCUCUUCGUGUACAUACUUUUGAUGGUGAAUUAGAUGUAGUAAGCAGGCAUCCAUAAAUGUUUGGCUUCUGUGAAGCCUCAUGCAGAAUGACUUCUUACAACACCUUCCUCUUGCCUCAUGUCCUCUUGCCAAAUGAGAGAAUUUGAGGUAUGAUUAAAUAUUUCAACUCAUGUGAGGCUUUGCGAAAAGGUAAUAAGUGAUCUGUGUUGCCCUCAAAGUCAAGAGUAUGGAGCUCAGUGGUGGUUUGUUUUAUUUUUACUUUACAUUUUAGGAAUUGUUCCUGGGAUUGGAAAAUAGAUUUUUAGGCAGUGCUUCCCUUCAAACAUUUUCCAUUAGCUUUCUUGGUGGUUACACCAGGUUUUACAGAGUUGGAAAAAUAGGCAUCCUUAAUCUUUGCAGUGAUAUAACUUCAUUUGUUUUAGUAGUGAUGCUAGGAUCAGGUAAAUUAAGCCGGGGUUGGUGGGAAUGCAUGUAUAUAAAUAUUUAAAACAAAGAAACAAAAGACCCUGCAGUGUAUGGACACUUGAAAGUUUUGGAGCAGUCUAGCAGGUAGGAGCUUCUCUAAUAUGAUGGCUCAACUUAAGUUUAAUGGGUGUGUCAUACGCUGCACAUAUCUAGUUAUUUGCCCUUCUAAUUUCAAUGGGAGCAUUAAGCAUUUGCCCUUUUAGUUUCAGUGGGAGAGUUGAGCACAUGCAUAAAUAGCUUGCAUUGUAAUCAGUGGGCUUUAGCAAUGUUUAGUCCUGGCAGGAUCAUGCCUCUUUUAGGAUUGCGUUAGUCUUACUACUAAGAUUUUUCAUUGUCUUACAAAGAAAAAUAUAUUUAGAGCUAUACUACAGGAUUGGCUCCAAGGAAUAAUGAACAGAAGGAAGCUGCUAUACUAGCACUGUUGGUGCAAAUAUUCAAAAAGUCACAUGAUUCUAUAAGAAAUCAGUUCUGUAGCAGGUUUCAUACAAAAGGUUGCAGUAGCAAAAUCUCUUUGGAUUUAUUUUACUUUUCACACAGUGUUAUAGUACGAGAUGUAAAACAGUGUUUCUAUCAAUGAUCAGUAUUUUUGGAUCAAACCAGUAUUUCUGGCAAUAAUAUUAAGUUUAUGGACUGUAGCUGUUAUAAUUAUACCUAUUAUAUACACACUAUUAUGUAUACAAGUACAUUUAUGCAAAACAUCCUAAUUGUCUUUUCCUCCUUUUAAACAGUUUUGUAUAUAAGUACACAGAAGAGGAGAAUGUGA